AGCUGUGUCCAAUCACAGCUGAUCACUGAUCAUCAGAGCACUGAUGAUCAAUGUAGCCCCAGCAGUGCCACCUGUCAGUGUCCAGUGCCUUGUGCCAGUCAGUGCCACCUAUCAGUGCCAUGUAUCAGUGCUGCCUUUCAGUGCCCAUCAGUGAUGCCUGUCAAUGCCCAUCACUGCCACCUACCAGUACCUCCUCAUCAGUGCCCAUCACUGCAGCCUCAUUAGUGCACAUCAGUGAAGGAGAAAAAUCACUUAUUUACAAAAUUUUAUGA